GUCUAGAUUUUUGAAGUUUAUGGCGGGUUGCCGGCUGCCAUCUUGCACCUCGCUCGUUUGAGAAGCCGGCCGCCCUAAAAAAUCCGGAGUUUCACGCGUUCGCGCGGCCUUAGGAACUUUGCGAGCGAGUUUUGUGCACUCGCAACAAAUUCAGGAGUCUGUCGUGUUUAAUCCGAUCAAGAUUCGGGCUCGGAAUGCUUUAGGUUUAUUACUGUUCUCACAAGCGCGUAGCUGGAUAAGCAAGGGAGUCAGAGUCGCUAAUAGCUGUAAGUUUGGAAUAGACAGUCGAGAUAGCGUACCGAUCAACAAGACACUUAUUGAUAAUAGUAUCUCUGAGAGAAUGGCUUUACCAAGUAGAGCACGCGUGUAUGCUGAUAUAAAUUCACAUAAACCAAGAGAAUACUGGGAUUAUGAAUCUUACGUUGUUGACUGGGGGCAACAAGAUGAUUAUCAGUUAGUGAGAAAAUUAGGCAGAGGUAAAUAUAGUGAAGUAUUCGAGGCCAUAAACGUUACAAACAAUGAAAAUUGUGUUGUAAAAAUAUUGAAGCCUGUUAAAAAGAAGAAAAUAAAAAGGGAGAUAAAAAUUUUAGAAAACCUUAAAGGUGGGACCAACAUAAUUACACUCCAAGCAGUUGUCAAAGAUCCAGUCUCAAGGACGCCAGCACUGAUUUUCGAACAUGUUAACAAUACAGAUUUCAAGCAAUUAUACCAGACGUUAACCGACUACGACAUAAGAUACUACCUCUACGAAUUAUUAAAAGCGCUAGACUAUUGUCACAGUAUGGGAAUUAUGCACAGGGAUGUGAAACCGCACAAUGUUAUGAUAGAUCAUGAAAAUCGAAAAUUGCGAUUGAUUGACUGGGGUUUAGCAGAGUUUUACCAUCCUGGUCAAGAAUAUAAUGUACGAGUAGCUUCUCGCUAUUUCAAAGGCCCAGAAUUACUCGUAGAUUAUCAAAUGUACGAUUACUCAUUAGAUAUGUGGUCAUUGGGCUGUAUGCUUGCUAGUAUGAUAUUCAGGAAAGAACCGUUUUUUCAUGGACACGAUAAUUAUGACCAAUUAGUUCGAAUUGCAAAAGUUCUCGGGACUGAAGAACUGUUCGAAUAUCUUGACAAGUAUCAUAUUGAGUUAGAUCCUCGUUUCAACGAUAUUUUAGGCCGACAUUCACGUAAGCGUUGGGAACGCUUUGUGCAUUCGGAGAAUCAACAUCUAGUGUCCCCGGAUAGUUUGGAUUUUCUUGACAAACUUUUACGCUAUGAUCAUUUCGAAAGAUUAACUGCACGUGAAGCAAUGGAACAUCCAUAUUUUUAUCCUAUAGUAAAAGAACAGGGUCGUUUGACCAUGGUGUCAUCAUCACCUACUCCCAUGGCAGGCUCAGUGCCUGUAGAUCAUCGUGGCAUAACAAUGAGCAGCGUAUCGGUUCAUGGGACAAACGGAUUGGAGGGCAUGGAGCAAAUUGGAAGUGGGUGUUUGACUCUUUCAGAAGAACUGCCUCAACUCUUAUAAAUUCAGCAAUUCUAAGCAGUAAUUCUCACCGAGUCCCAGUCCACUACAGAAUAUAACAAUACAACAGCAAAUAUUUCGUAUCGUCAAAUGUAUUCUUUACACGAAAGUCAUUCUGGUUUGUAGUAAUGGCUUCAUCGAUCCAACCAUCAUUAAGACUGAAGCAUCUCAUUUUGCUGUGUUUCUUUUAAAAAUAUAUAACUAUUCAAAAUCUGCAAUGUACUUAGGGAAUGACGAGAAAUUAGGAUUCUGGCGUAAAAUUUGUCGCAUAAAGAUACAUGCUCCGUCUAUUUUGGUCGGCAUGUAUGUGUAUCAAAGAUAGCGCAUUACUUACCUCCGUUUUACAAUUUGCGAUGCGCUGCCCUGACUCUGCUAUUUUUUCCGAUUUUGCUAUUAUCGUGUUUUUGACAGAUCUAUAAGUGCAUAUAAAAAUACAACUAGAUUCAUUUUUAUUUGAAAGAUGAUUACUUGUAGUCACAUAAUACGUACAGUGACGGAGACUUUAAAUGAUCAUCUUUAUUCACACAUUUCCAUACAUGUACACUCAUACAUGACAAAUACACAACACACAUAUCCACACACGCACGAGCGCGCGCGCACGCGCGCGUGUGUGUGUGUGUAUGCGUACGUGCGCGCACGCGCGCGAGUGUCCAAUUACCCUUGUACACAUACCUUAAACAAUUCGAUUUAAUACUUUUAACAAUAAUAAAAAUGUUUGUUUAUAUUUGAUGCAACAAUAGUUGAAUAAAAUAUUUGUUAUAGCCAAGGACAUUCUUUGUGCUUUGUGAAUACUUGCUCUGUGCAUCCAUCGACCGCCAUUAUUAUUCAACAAAAAUGUAAAAAAUUAAUACUAGAUGCGCAACGUAAAAUAAAUUUGUUACGUAUAUUUUUGCCAUAAAUAGUUUUUAAUUUGUACUAGAAAGAAAUCAAAAUAAAUAGAAGCAGGUUUGCGGUAAAUUCUA